UGCGCAUUUGAGUUGUCGCCCGGCGAGGAGGGGAUAUAUCUGCCGGUGCGCCCUCGGGUCGAUCUUCAUCGCAGCUUCCCUUUUCCAUUUUAUUUUGCCCUGCAUUUGCAAUUGCGUAACCACACUCGCUAGCACAUUCGCUCGUUUGCAACCAUAGUCAUGAAGACCAGUACCGUCUGGGCAUCCCUAGCCCUCGCCCACGCACCCACGGUCCUCUCCCAAGGCCUGCGACAGGCAACUGGCGGCCCCGCGCCCACCCUCACAUCCACAAGCACCGCCCCAACCGCAUCCUCAACAUGCACCGCAAACCUCGUGACCACCCUCUGCGACUACCCCUCCCCUGAGCCCGGCACCGCCGUCGCUAGUUCCGGGAAAGCGAACUGCUGGGAAUACUGCAACGCGCACCCGCCCUGCGACUUCGUCAUCUUCGCCGCGGGCAACCCGUAUACCGGCACCGGCACGUGCUGGCUGUAUCCCGGCGAGAAAUUCGAUGAGACCAAGGGAGAGACGGGGUGCGAUUACCUCUCUGUGUUCGACAAGCCCACCUGCGCAGGUGACGCUGCGACCCCGACGUCCGGCGCCUGCGAAGCUACCGCGUCGCCCUCCGCCAUUGCCGAAGUUUGCGGGUACCCCGAGCCAGAUGAUAAGUGCUGGUCCACCUGCGCCGCGAGUUCGGGCGCCGUGGACUGUCUGAGCCAGUGCGCCGAGGACGACUGCGCGUUUGCGAUCUUCUAUACGGGUGAGGGUGGCGGGAGCCAGUAUGGUUCGGGCACGUGCUGGAAGUACCCGAAUGGGACGUACGACGCGAGCAAGGCGGGGACAUGUGCGGGGAGGACGGAGCAGUAUGUGUACGAGAACAAGUGUCCUAAGAAGGAGGCGGCUUCGUCGUCGUCUGCAUCGUCGGCGCCUUCGGCUUCUGCAUCGGAGAGCGGGAAGGCCAAGGAGACAGGAGCGGCGGGUGGGGAUGAUGCAAAGGCCGCAGAGGCGAAGCAGGGGCAGAAUGGUACGGGUGAGGGGUCGGCUGCUGCGGGCGUGACCUUUAGCGGGAUGCUGGCUGCGGGCGUGGUUGGCUUGAUGUGGUGGGGUUUGUAACGACAUGCUAGAACGCAAGAUAUAGACGCCAUCCUAAUACAUAAUGUUAAUUUGGAGUCCAU